UUGACAGGCUUGCUCCAGCUGGCCACUGGGAACCCGCCAUUGCUUAUGUGCUCGUUUUGUAAUUUGUUGGUCGUCCUAUUAACUAAAGGGCGAGUCCAUAAAUAGGCAUGUAGUGUGUUAGCGAGGUGGGGGGGGGAUGGGUAUUGAUAGUAUUAGUAUGGCAAUAUGGGGUUAACAGUAGUUGUCUACCUUUAAAGUCUGAAAGAAGGAGAACAAACUUUCUCUGUAGCAACUGAAGACUGGCUAGGAAUCGAUGUGUCCAGAUUACCUAAAAGUAGGCAAUUGUUUGUAAAUGUGAUGCAUUUGUACUGUGAACAUAUUGGAAGACCUGAAACAGCAGUUAGAUGAUGAUCCUGAACAGCGCCUACUAAAUGCAUGGAUUUAGAAUAUCUGAAUAGCCUGGCAAGCCUGGUCUCUUUGCAUCUCAGAAGCUAAGCAGGGCCAACCUUGGUUAGUAGUUGGAUGGAAGACCUCCAGUGAAGACCAGCACUGCAGAGGCAGGCAAUGACAAACCACCUCUUGUUAAUCUCUUGCCUUGAACACCCCAGCGGGAGUUGCCAAAAGUCAGCUCUGACUAGAUGGCAUUCUGCAUCACCACCAACUGCACUACAACAGAAGCAAUCUACACAGCAAAGAUACACAAUCUGAAAGCUUGAACAAAUAUUUGUCAAUGCUUUUAAGUGUCUGAAAAUGUUUCACCUUCUCCAACGAUGUUAUUUCCAAGUUCCUUCCAAGAUGGCAUAUCUUCAAAGAUUACUGCAACCCAGGAGUAGGCCUGCCUGCUCUUUUGUCCCUUUACAGUGCAUUCUUACUGGCCUGCCAAAAUCACAGCUGUUCAGGCAUUCAUCUGCUGUCUUAACCAAGGCCGGCUUUCAUUCUUCCUGCUGCAACUGGAAGAAAAAGAAACCUCCAGAACCUGCACCACGAGAGCUGGACUUGUUGCGAUAUGACAUGAAAUCAUUGAAGGACUCUCCAAAGCCUGCCCUCUACUUGAGUUCUGCAGGAUUAAUUCCAUUGGUUUCAGUGCCAUUGCUAAUGGCUGUCCUGGAGACCUACUAUCCUGAGUUAGUAUUUGCUCAGAUUGCAUAUGGUGCCUGUGUUCUCUCCUUCUUUGGAGGGAUCAGGUGGGGAUUCGCUCUUCCAGAAGGGAGCCCUGCCAAACCUGAUUGGAUUAAUUUAGCUAACAGCAUUGUUCCUUCAUUACUAGCCUGGUCUGCCUUGCUUUUAAAAGAUUUAAUUGAUGCUGGAAUAACGGUUAUCAUAGGCCUAGGAAUAGCCCUUCAUUAUGAUCUUGCCCUCCUUCCCACUUAUCCCAGUUGGUUUAAAGCCUUGAGGGCAAUUGUAACAGUGGUGGCUGUAUGUUCUCUGAUUGCUACAUUAUGCAUUGUAAACAUUUAUCCAGAGAAGCAUUUAACUCCUGCUACAAACAAAGUGGACGACUGAAAAUAAACCCACAGAAAAUGCCAAAUCCCAAGAGACAUAUGCUUCUGUCCUAAAGAAUGUUCACAAUACUGUGUAAAAAGAUCAUGAGACUGCUCCUAUAAAACUUUUUUCAACAGGAAAAAAAUGGUUACAGUAUCUGUGAGCUGUAGUCAAAGUUUAGAAAACUCUGGAAGCGUAGGUCCUGAAGGCUUAAGAGGAACUUUGGCAUUGUAAGGAGCCACAGAUUGGUCCUGCUUCUACUGAAAAAUGUAAAACAUUUGUACACACUCAUCUGUGUUCAGAUGUGUGUGAAAGAUUUAUGCAAUCUGAAGAGAAACCAGAGAUGAGUGAACUUCGGUGGUUAAAUACACAAGUAAUUCUUUGCAUGUUAUUUCAGAAGUGUGAUUUGCUCAAGCUUAUUUUCCUACCCACUUCAUUGUGACAUAAAAUACUACUCUAAUGCGAUGAAUACUGAAAGAGCACCAGUAAAUACUCUAUUUAGUGAAUACUGCAUGUGUCAUGUGUUGUAUUAAUAUGUUAAGAAUGUUAAACAGUGCCCAUCUACAAGCUAUUUCAUUGUCACAAGCUCAGUUUUUUAAGCUACAAGUUGUAUGUAAGCUUUUGUUUCUAAUAAGAAUGUUUUAUCUUUUA